UCAUCCCAUUAGAACUUGCUUGGCUGUAGUGCGAAGAUGGCGGCGUACAGUCGCUCUCAGCUGUUUUUGCUGCUGUUCUUGUCUGUGUGUCUCUGCGGUUCCGGCUCCGGUUCCGUGCUCGGCUUGAAGCCCGCCAGCGGACCGCCCAACCCGCCCGUCCUCAGGGCCGCCGAACCCCCGGCCAGAGAUGCACCUGCCGCCGCCGCCGGGGCGUCGCAGCCUCGAAGGGCGACCGGCUGGAAGCUGUCGGAGGAGGAGGCCUGCCGGGAGGACCUGACCCGCCUGUGCCCCAAACACACCUGGAGCAACAACCUGGCGGUGCUGGAGUGCCUGCAGGACCGCAGAGAGGAAACUGAGAUUGCUCCCAACUGUAACCAUCUUCUGUGGAACUACAAACUAAAUCUGACCACAGAUCCAAAGUUUGAGUCGGUUGCCACGGAGGUCUGCAAGAGCACCAUCACUGAGAUUAAGGAGUGUAACGAGGAGGAGCGGGGGCGUGGCUACCUGGUGUCCUGCUUGGUCGAUCACCGUGGCAACAUCACUGAGUACCAGUGUAACCAGUACAUCACCAAGAUGACCAGUAUAAUCUUCAGUGACUACAGGUUGAUCUGUGGCUUCAUGAGCAAAUGUAAGGACGACAUCAACAGCCUGCGCUGCGGCAGCGUCAACGUCGGACACAAGGACGUUCACUCACAGGGCGACGUCAUCGCCUGCCUGGAGAAGGCUCUGGUGAGACAGGCGGAGCAGCAGGAUCACGCUCGUCCCAUCAAGGAGGAGUGUCAGAGGGCGAUCCUGCGGGUGGCAGAGCUGUCGUCAGACGACUUCCACCUGGACCGGCACCUCUACUUCUCCUGCAGAGACGACAGAGAGAGAUUCUGCCAGAACACUCAGGCAGGAGAAGGGAAAGUCUACAAGUGUCUGUUCAACCAUAAGUUUGAGGAGGCCAUGUCAGAGAAGUGUCGCGAUGCUCUCACCACCCGUCAGAAGCUGAUUUCUCAGGACUACAGAGUGAGUUACUCUCUGGCUAAAGCCUGCAAGCUGGACCUGAGGAAACAGCGCUGCAGCGUGGACACCAAUCUGCCCCGAGCCCGCGAGGCCCGACUGUCGUACCUGCUGCUGUGCCUGGAGGCGGCCGUGCACCGCGGGCGCACGGUCAGCGGCGAGUGUCAGGGCGAGAUGCUGGACUACCGGCGGAUGCUGAUGGAGGACUUCUCCCUGAGUCCAGAGAUCGUGCUGCACUGCCGGACGGAGAUCGAGGCCCACUGCUCCGGGCUGCACCGCAAAGGCCGGACGCUGCACUGCCUGAUGCGGAUCGGCCGCGGCGACCGCAGCGCCGCCAUCGACAGCAUCUGCCAGAGCUCUCUGCAGACUCUGAUCCAGUCUGCGGAUCCAGGAGCCGACUACAGGAUCGACAGGGCGCUCAACGAGGCCUGCGAGUCCGUCAUCCAGACGGCCUGCAAACACAUUCGCACCGGAGACCCCAUGAUCCUGUCGUGUCUCAUGGAGCAUCUGUACACAGAGAAAAUGGUGGAAGACUGCGAACACCGUCUGCUGGAGCUGCAGUACUUUAUAUCCAGAGACUGGAAACUGGAUCCCAUGCUGUAUAAGAAGUGUCAGGGCGACGCUGCUCGGCUGUGCCACACUCACGGCUGGAAUGAGACCAGCGAGCUGAUGCCGCCGGGCGCCGUCUUCUCCUGCCUCUACCGCCACGCGUACCGCACCGAGGAGCAGGGCCGCCGGGUGAACGCAGCUGAGCAGUUAUCCAGAGACUGUAAAGUGGAAGUUCAGAGGAUUCUCCACCAGAGGGCGCUGGACGUGAAGUUGGACCCCGAGCUGCAGAAACGCUGCAUGACAGACCUGGGGAAGUGGUGCAGCGAGAAGACGGACACUGGACAGGAGCUGGAGUGUCUGCAGGAUCACUUGGAAGACUUGGUGUCGGGCUGCAGGGACGUCGUGGGAAACCUGACGGAGCUGGAGUCAGAGGACGUCCAGAUCGAUGCUUUGCUCAUCAGAGCCUGCGAGCCCAUCAUCCAGGCCCACUGCCAUGAUGUGGCUGACAACCAGAUCGACACAGGUGAUCUGAUGGAGUGUCUGGUUCAGAAUAAACACCAGAAGGAGAUGAACGACAAGUGCUCCGUCGGCGUCACCCACUUCCAGCUGGCUCAAAUGAAGGACUUCCGGUUUUCCUACAAAUUCAAGAUGGCCUGUAAGGAGGACGUGCUGCGCUUGUGUCCAAACAUCAAGAAGAAGGUGGACGUGGUCAUCUGCCUGAGCACCACGGUGAGGAACGACACGCUGCAGGACGUCAGGGAGCAGCGGGUUUCUCUCAAGUGUCGCAAGCAGCUGAGGGUGGAGGAGCUGGAGAUGUCAGAGGACAUCCGGUUGGAUCCAGAUCUCUAUGAUCCCUGUAAGUCCGACAUUAGUCGCCUUUGUCCCAACGUGAACUUUGGUAAUGCUCAGAUGAUCGAGUGUCUGAAGGAGCAGAAGAAGCAGCUGAGCCCGCGCUGCCACCAGCGCAUCUUCAGGCUGCAGGAGGUGGAGAUGACCGACCCUGAGCUCGACUACCAGCUGAUGAGGGUCUGUAAGCAGAUGAUCAAGCGGUUCUGCACCGAGGCCGACGCCAGGAACGUUCUUCAGUGUCUGAAGCAGAACAAAAACAGCGAGCUGAUGGAUCCUAAGUGUAAACAGAUGAUCACCAAGAGACAGAUCACCCAGAACACAGACUACAGACUGAACCCAGUGUUGAGGAAAGCGUGUCGGGCCGACAUCCCCAAGUUCUGCCAGCCCAUCCUGAACAAGGCGAGCGAGGACAGCGAGCUGGAGGGUCAGGUCAUCGCCUGCCUCAAACUCAAAUAUGCUGAUCAGCGCUUGUCUUCGGACUGUGAAGACCAGAUCAGGGUGAUUCUGCAGGAGUCAGCGCUUGACUACAGACUGGACCCCCAGCUGCAGAUGCACUGCUCAGAUGAGAUUUCCAAACUGUGUGCGGAGGAGGCAGCAGCUCAGGAGCAGACAGGUCAGGUGGAAGAGUGUCUGAAGGUCAACCUGCUGAAGAUCAAACAGGAGACCUGUAAAAAGGAGGUUCUGAACAUGCUGAAGGAGAGCAAAGCAGACAUCUUCGUGGACCCGGUCCUGCACACGGCCUGCGCUCUGGACAUAAAGCACCACUGCGCUGCCAUCACACCCGGCAGAGGCCGACAGAUGUCGUGCCUGAUGGAGGCGUUGCAGGACAAGCGGGUGCGUCUGCAGCCCGAGUGCAAGAAGAGACUUCAGGAUCGCAUCGACAUGUGGAGCUACGCCGCGAAGGUGGCGCCAGCGGAGGGCUUCUCAGACCUGGCCGUGCAGGUGAUGACGUCGCCCUCCAAGUACUACAUCGUGUUCAUGAUCGCGCUGAGCGUGUGCAUCCUCUUCCUGGUGGGGCUGCUGUGCGGUCGGAUCACCAAGCCGGUGACCAGGGAACACAAGGACCGGUAGAGGGCGCGUGGAGCGCUGCUGGCGUCUGCUGCACCUCCCUCCUCGUCCCCCUCCCCCGCCUCUCUCAGAAGCCCAGCCCGAGCCCAGCCAACCGUCACAGUGCCAACACUAUUUGGACAUUUUGCCAAAUGUAAAUUGGUCCCUAAGUCUCACAUAAACCUCCAGUCUCCAUUUGGUCAUUUCUAAACCUUGAUUUCCCCCAAACCAGCGUUUCCUAAGGAUCUUUUAAGUUUCUACAGAGGCACUUGUCAUGAUGUGACUGAGGGCUGCAGAGGCCGGGGCUGUUUUUCCACUUCGAGUCCUGACGUUUUUUUGUGGUUUUUACACAGACUGGAGCAUGUAGAGUUAAAGAUAUCGUUGGUUUUGACUGCGGCUGCCCGAUCGUACAUGGAGCAACUUGAACUUGAGGCAAACUUUGAACUGCUAGGUGUUCCUGUUGCAUCGUCUCUCUCUUCUGCUCGUCAUCCUGACCAGGUCAGACUCGCUUUGCUUGCUACUGAAAACCCCACUGACCGGACAAAAGGCUCCGUCAUUAUGAGGAAUGUUGUGUGCAUAUUUAUUUUGUUCGAAACGUCUCUAAAUGCUAAACAUAUAACAGCACUUUUCAAAAUUUAUGCCUUAUUUAUUGAUGAUGGAAUGAAUCCAUUCAGAUUCUAAUUGGUUUUUUUGGCCAUCCAGCCAAACGUAGCUGCUGUGGAGUGGAGCACAGCUGGAUGAGGCUUGAAUGUUCUAUUACUGCAUUGCAGGCAUAAAGUUUCACCUUUGGAUUUGAAUUUGUAAUAUUUCUACCAUGAUGACCUUAUUCCCAACACAUGAACGUGUAUAAAGCAUUUAAUUGGAGACUCGCGUCAGAAGCUUGUUUGUUGGACUACGUUGACUUGUUGGGGAUCAGAUCAUAUCAUCACUGCUUCACAGAGUUGUCUCAGUUUUAUAUUCUUCCCCCCAGAAGAACAAAGUGGUACAUACAGUAUGCACAACAAAUACUGUGAAUAUAUUUUAGUUUUGAGGGCCACCGAGCUCUGUUAAACACGACAAACCCCUCUCAGACAGACACGACCUGUGUGUUCUGGUUUUCAGUUGUUUCCAUCAGGGUUGGAGAUCCAACCAAGUCCCGUUGUGUCAUCAUCUCUGCAAGGCUGUGGGAUACUUGGAUUUACAAAUGCAGCUAUUUAUUGAUGAUACUUGAUAUAGUCAUAUUUUAUAAUUGCAGUAUUUAAAGUUGUCGAAAAUAAUUUAUGACAUGUGUAAUGAUUAUUACUGUACAGUUUAUUAUUCCCAUGAAUGGUGAAUGUGUGUCUUCAUCUUUUCCAAAUAUGCCCCAAAUAAACAUCCCGUUAUUUUACAUUGGCCCUUAAAUGGGAUUUAGCCACAGAAACAAACAAAUAUUGGACCGAGUUUGUCCUGCAGAUUUGGUCACAUUCAGCAGAAAUAUUAGAGAAGAUAAGCGUUACUAAAGGAAGUUUUGAUGUUAUUUUGAUUGUGCACAUCACAGCUGCAGAGCAUUAAAAGAAAGCUACCGGACGGGCAACUUGAUCCAUCAUGAGAUAAAAGCCAGCUCACUUUCUAAACGAUGGUCAUGUUUUCAUUCGCAUCAUAAUAAAUUUUGUACGUGUACAGAA